UCCAAGUUUCUACGAGACGCCGCUUUCUUCGAGAACCCGUCCGCCCCUUCUCCCGGAGGACGAAAACCCGCCGUUUGUUCCUGCCAUGGCAUCCGAUGCUUCCGCAGCCCUGUCAGUGAGGCAAAAAGUUCAGAAGUUUCUCGAUGCCGCUCGCUCUGGGAACCUCGAUCUCUUCAAGAAGCUGGCGAAGCAGCUAGACGAGGGGAAGGGGCUGGCGACAACGGUGGCUGACGUGAAGGACGCGAAUAAGAGGACUGCGCUGCACUUCGCGGCGAGGGAGGGGAGGACUGAAGUGUGUAAGUACUUGCUGGAGGAGUUGAAGGUCGAUAUCGACGUGAGGGAUGACGAUGGCGAGACUCCUCUUAUUCAUGCUUCUCGUCAAGGACAUAAUCUUACAGCAAAAUAUCUACUUGAACAAGGGGCAGACCCUUCUGCUUCCAGUGACUUAGGAGCCACUCCUCUUCACCAUGCUGCUGGAACAGGUGAACUCCAACUUUAUGGUCAAAGAUUUAAAUGUGCUUCUCUGGAGUUCUGUUAGCCUCCAUAUUUAUUA